AUGGCCUUCCAAAAAAGUCUUUGCUCACUGGUGUUUCUCCUGCUGAUUGCUAACCCUCAGUUUUCGAGAGCGCAACACUGGUCACAUGGUUGGUAUCCAGGGGGCAAAAGGGAACUGGAUGUGCCUCAGUCUCCAUUGGUUCCAGAAGAACUCAAGUUAUGCGAAGGAGAGAACUGUGUGUUCCUGCGAAGUGCUCAAAAAGACUUCAUGAGGAGUUUCCUGGUAUGUAAAGACCACUUGUGGAAAAAAUAG